AAUACAACAAAGCCGGGCAAAAGUAUAUCCGGCCUAGGCCCAACGCUACCACUCAGCCUUCGAAGAAGCGUUCAAAGUGGACUCCGGACGAGGAAGCAGCGUUUCAGGAAGCAGUGCUCACGCUACAAUCCACCAACAGAAAAGUAACAGCGGGCGCUGUCGUAAAGGAGUUGAAUGGAAGUGCUGCCACGUACCAUCAAGUGCACUACCGACUUCGGCAGUUGGCGAAAACUCAGCGUCUUCUAUGUUCAUCAGAGGAUAAUGGAAACGUCAGCAACAAUAGCGGUGUGGAGGAUGGUGACAUUGAUGAAGACGAACCCGGCACCGAGAACGAGGCAGAUGUGGAUUCCGACGGCCUUGGGCUCCCGACCACCAGCACGCACUCGUGUGUCGAAGCUGCUGAGAAGACGUGCAGAGAAGCGUUCUCCCAAACCUGCUCGUUCGCAUGCUGCUGCUGUGAGCGACGUCUGUUCAAACAUUCAGUGGUAGAGGUCACGGAUACCAUGUAUGACACCCUCAGCGAAGUGUGGGCAACAAACCUUGCAGGAUGG